AUGGCCUCUUUGGUGCUCUCCCCUCCUCUUCGACCCCGCGUUCCUUUUCCUUCUUAUUUACAUCGCUUACACUCUGCUCGGUCCAUCUUAGCGAGUCCCGGUCAUGUAAACCCGAACAGCCGACGUCGCGGUAAUCCGCGCGAGUCCCUCGCCGCGAGUGUCGCGACGGAACCGCGCGUUGUCGUUCCCCUCCCGCCGGUCGAAACGGAGCGCGGAGGAGAGCAGAAGCUCGCGGCGUGGAGGAGUGUAAGGCAGGAGAGGUGGGAGGGGGAGUUGGAGGUAGAGGGGGAGAUACCACUUUGGCUGAACGGCACGUACCUCCGGAAUGGGCCGGGGGUGUGGAACAUCGACGAGCACGAGUUCCGGCACCUCUUCGACGGCUACGCCACGCUCGUCCGCCUCUCCUUCCGCGGCGGCCGCAUGGCUGCUGCCCACCGCCAGCUCGAGUCGGCGGCCUACGCGGCGGCCAAGCGCAACCGCCGCCUCUGCUACCGCGAGUUCUCCGAGGCCCCCAGGCCCGAGAACUUCCUUGCGUACGUCGGCGAGCUGGCGAGCCUCUUCUCGGGGAGCUCCCUCACCGACAACGCGAACACCGGGGUGGUCGUACUCGGCGACGGCCGCGUGCUGUGCCUGACGGAGACGGUCAAGGGGUCGAUAGAGAUCGAUCCCGACACGCUGGACACGGUCGGCAAGUUCGAGUUCUCCGACGGCCUCGGCAGCCUGAUUCACUCGGCGCACCCAGUGGUCACCGCGGAAGAGUUCGUCACCCUCUUGCCGGAUUUGCUCCGCCCCGGGUACCUGGUCGUCAGGAUGGUACCCGGGAGCAACGAGAGGAAGGUGAUCGGGAGGGUGAAUUGUCGGGGCGGGCCCGCGCCGGGGUGGGUGCACUCGUUUCCGGUGACGGAGCAUUACGUGGUGGUGCCGGAGAUGCCGCUGCGGUACUGCGCCCGGAAUCUGCUGAGGGCGGAGCCGACGCCGCUCUACAAGUUUGAAUGGCACCCGGAGAGCGGGAGCUACAUGCACGUUAUGUGCAAGGCCAGUGGCAAAAUUGUGGCAAGUGUGGAGGUGCCGCCGUUCGUGACGUUCCACUUCAUCAACGCAUACGAGGAGGAGGACGGCGACGGCCGGGUCACCGCCAUCGUCGCCGACUGCUGCGAGCACUACGCCGACACCUCCAUCCUCGAGAAACUUCGCCUCCAGAAUCUCAAAUCUUUCACUGGCCUGGACGUCCUACCUGACGCCAGGGUGGGAAGGUUCAGAAUCCCUUUGGAUGGGAGCCCAAUUGGGGAAUUGGACGCAGCACUGGACCCAAACGAGCACGGACGAGGGAUGGACAUGUGCAGCAUAAACCCAGCACACUUGGGCAAAAGAUACAGAUACUUGUACGCCUGCGGAGCCCAACGCCCCUGCAACUUCCCCAACACAGUCACGAAGGUUGAUCUUGUCGAGAAGAGGGCGAAGAACUGGCACGAAGACGGCGCGGUGCCGUCGGAGCCUUUCUUCGUGGCUAGACCGGGAGCGGUCGAGGAGGACGACGGGGUUGUUAUUUCCAUGGUGAGUUCCCAAAAUGGAGAAGGGUACGCUCUGCUUCUGGAUGGUUCCACAUUUGAAGAGAUCGCACGUGCCAAAUUCCCGUACGGCCUCCCUUACGGGUUGCACGGUUGUUGGAUCCCCAGAAAAAAUUAGCCCCUGCUGCUAACUAUAUGGCUACGAAAUAAGCUUAUAGAUUUGUCAAGCUUUUCUGUAAUUUUCC